AACCCUCGUCCCAGCCCCUCAUUCCAGUCUCUGACAAUCCCCUGGAAUCCAAAUCGGACCGUCGGAGCUGAGCCGCCAUCUGGGUUUGGCACCUGCGAAAAACAACAUUGCCCAACUACCGCCGCUACCUACUGUUGUCAACAUGUCAGGGUCUCGUUCAGACGGGUCAGAUGCGUCAUGCAACAUCUGCGGCCACCUCCGUCGCGAACCCCCUUCCGGGAGAUUACAUAUCGCCAGGGCAACCUAUCCUACGUUUGCAGACAGAGCGACACGUGGGUGCAUAUUGUGUGCCCUGAUCUGCAACACCGCCGUCACUCAUUCCGGCGCUUGGAGUUCUGUCGCUAAAGAAAAGGUGCACAUCGAUGUUUCCGCGAUGAAUAAAAAGCUUGCGGUCGUGGGACACGAGCUUUUCAGUGCUUGUCCCCCCGACCAGAUUAUGAGGGUUGGGAACUCUCGGCAUCUAUUCUAUACAGCUCUGUACUCCCCAUUAGAAUCACCCUCCCCUGUCGAGGUUAUACCGACAUUCGCACACAUUGAUGCAGACCCACUGUCAGAUGUUUCACGGGAGAUGGUACGUGGCUGGCUGGAGUCGUGUGACAAGCAUCAGGACUGCCGUGCCAGCAGCAUCAAGAUGCCCCCAAAGAGGCUUGUCGACGUCGGUGGCGGGGACGAUGCUGCGGUAAGAAUCACUUCCGCUACCGAGGACCAUCGCUACCUGGCUCUCAGCCACUGCUGGGGCCGCGGGAAGAAGCCCCUCAGCACCACAAAGGCCAACGAGGCGUCCAUGAGGGUAUCGAUACCGUGGGGAGCACUGCCGCAAUCAUUUCGCGACGCGAUCCGGGUCACGAGGUGGCUGGGCGCUCGUUACAUCUGGAUCGACUCGCUGUGCAUCGUCCAGGAUGACGAGCAGGACUGGCAAGAGGAGUCGGCAAAGAUGGCGGGCAUAUUCAGCGGAUGCGAUCUCGCCAUCGCAGCUACCCGGGCCGCCGACUGCGAUGAGGGAUUUCUGCAGCACCGGAAAGAGGGCCAAUUGGUCAUGUCCGGGACACACCAGGGGACCCCGCUGGUGGUGUUUGCAAGGGACCGCACUGCUCACAGGGGACUUAUGGGCACGGUACCGGAUCCCUUCCAUGAACUCCCGCUUUUCCAACGAGGAUGGUGCUUCCAGGAGCGUCUCAUGGCUCCCCGGACUCUCCACUUCGCAGAUGAUGAGUUGUUUUUCCAGUGUCGGACCGAGAAUCGGUGUGAAUGCUCGGGACGCGGCGCGUGGCCGUCUUCGGUGCGGUACUUCUCUGCCUAUUAUGACGCGGCUGUGUCCUGGGAGAGCCGCCAGAUCCGUGCAAGUGAAGGGGAACAACAGCGACUCCUUGAACCAGGCUCCGAUAGCGAUGGCAAAUCGGACACGGCCGGAAGCCUUUCUGGAAACAAUACGACCGCCUUUGUCCGAAGGCUGUACGGCAUGUCUGCCGAGGUAACCGUGGACGGAGAAGUAACCAUCAGCUUUGGUGAGCUAUGGGGCGAUGUCGUGUCCGAGUACGCCUCCCUCGAUCUCACCUUUCAACAAGACGUGCUGCCAGCACUAUCCGGAAUCGCCAACCUCAUGCUGGCAUACAAUCCCGGUCGCUACUUUGCCGGCCUCUGGGAGCUUGACAUCCAUUACCUUCUUGGCUGGAGCUCUAUCCCAAGCGAAGCCCGGUGUUAUCGACCGCAAAACGCCACUGCGCCAUCCUUCUCGUGGGCGUCUCGCUUCGGGCCAGUCGCCUUCCCGUAUCAAUGUAUCAUGACUCGCGUCUGCACGGUUCUCGAUAUCAAAUGUGACGUUAAGGGGGCAGAUCCGUACGGGCAGGUCCAAGGUGGGUAUAUUGUCUUGCAGGGAAAGCUCCUAUCAGGCACCGUCGAAACGCGUCCUGAUGGAUUUGGACUUUUCCGAGCUUACGUCACGGUCUGGGAUGCUAGAGGGGAGAAGCACUCGGGAUUGAUAGUAUUCGAUACCGAAGAAGAUGAGGACGACGUUGGACCGGGCACGAAGCGCAAGGUCUAUUGCUUCGACUUGUUCCGCAAAAGAGAGUGGGAAGAGACUGACGAGGAUGACAGUGACCAUUGUGGACAUAGUAUUGUUUUAAAGGAGAGUGGUGAAGCCGGGUCGUUCAGGCGUGUUGGGCCGGCAGAAUGUUUCCCGACUGCAGCGUUUGACAGUGUACCGGAUGUGAUAGCUACAAUUCUAUGAUGGGCCGGCUGUUUUGGUUCUCUCUAUCCGCAAACUGCAGGAGGACGGGGAAGGUCUCUAGCGCACGUAGGAAAGCCCCGU